GCCAGCGGCACACAGCACACACCUUUCCGUGUCCCUUCACUCAUCUCGUUUCUCCAGAAAUGUUUCCAGACUCUGAUGUUGACCAAUAUUCCUGCCAUUGUCCUCAUUGCGGUCUUACCCCUCGAGGAACACAAGCAGACCAUGCUCCUUACAUUCGGAAUGCGCGAGUAGAGGAACUACUCUCCACCAAUCGCCCGCUGUUGGCCGCCGAAGAAGUUACAUAUCGCGAUUUACUGGCUCGGAGCUCGGAACGUUUGUCAAUAAUUGAAAAUGAGAUGCAGCGCCUUCGUGCGCAGUUGGCGCUGGUGGAGACGCAGAGGAAGGAGGCACUCGUCAUGAACCAGGACUUAAAGUCCAUCAACAGUCCCAUUCGUCGACUACCGGACGACUCUUUGCGUGAAAUAUUUUUGGCCAGUUGUCGUUCAUGGGCCGAUGUCAAUUCUCUCUUUUUUUCCAUCAACAUGCGAGGUCAACCUUGGAUUCUGUCUCAGGUGUGCAGGCGCUGGAGGAGCGUUGCGCUGUCGUUCCAGAAGAUUUGGGCUUGCUUCCGCAUCGAUAUGGAGCACAUACCUAUUACGCGCAUGGCCCAACAAAGAGCCUCGUUUGCUCUAGGGCAACAAAUCCGCAGAGCAGGUCGUCAUGAACUGACUCUUUCAACUUGUGAUCCAGAUGAGGGACGUUUGGGCACCAGCUAUGAUAUGAUACUGCCGCUACUCCUUUCCACUUGCUCGCAGUGGCGGACCUUCGAAUUGAAAUGUCACACUCGCGCAGUCAUUCAUUUUGCUCCCAUUAGGGGCUACCUAGAAUCCCUUGAAAAAAUUCACCUUUCUAUACGAACAAGCUCGCGCGGGGAACAAGACAUCUCUACUUCCAAUAUAUUCGAAUUUGCGCCGAAGCUGCGUCGGAUCUCCCUCGGCAGUGGGCGGAAGGACAUCGUACGGUCCUUUAUCAUACCCUGGCCUCAGAUUAUAGAAUACACAGACGGCGGUAGAAGGAAAGGCAGCCAUCAUCUGGAGGUGUUGCGGCGUGCGACCGCCAUCACAGACGUUCGCAUCAACUCAACCCUGCUUCCAGAGGCAGAGGGCGGGGUUCCCUACACUCUCGGGGGACGAACAAUUCGAGUGCCCACCCUUCGUAAUCUCCGUGCGCGUUUGAAACUCAAUGACAGCCACUUUCAAGCAAUGUUCGAUAAGCUCGAGCUACCCGGGCUUCGCGUCCUUUCUACGGCCCUUCCCCCGAAAGCCGAUCCUUUCAUCUCCCUUAUCGAUCGUUCACAGUGUCAUCUCACGACGCUAUUAAUCACUGCGAAUACACCUGAAAUCAGCGCAGAGCUGCUUCGGCUAUGCAAAGUGACUCUUCAUCUACGCGCACUCUGCAUCACCUCUGACGGCGAGGAGAGCGGUCCUAUCCCUAUCUCUGAUUUUUUGGUUGGGCUCGUCCAUCCCCUUGAUGGAGAUUGCUUCUUACUUCCCGCACUGACGUGUCUGAAUCUAAUGCAACUAAACUGGAAUCCAAGAGACUCGGUUGUGUUAGAACUGAUAGAUUCGCGCCUCGGAGGAUGGGUCGAAGGGGAUGAAGAGUCGAACAAUGAUAGUUCAAUGAUUCGAGAAGGCGUGGCACAGCUGAGGAAGGUAAUGCUGCCGUAUUCUUUUGAGAUAGCGCACAAAGAGGAGUUGGAGAGGUUCCGGUCCUUGGGCCUGAAGAUUAUUACACGACGGUCGUGAUGUCAGGUGCAUAGGUGCUUAAGAUUCCAUGGAUGGUCCGAGGACAGGAAGCAAGAAGUAUUGAAAUUGGGGCGGGCUGUAAUGCGUCAGCGUAAGGCUGGCGGAUACAUCGUUAGUGCGGCGAGACAAUCCGUCGCAUAAUUAUGAGACUCUUCGUCGCUGCGCAGGAACUCUACUGUGCAGUGAUAUUUAUAUAGAUCCACGAAAUGAUAUAUUGCGCCGAUCCAGAGAUUGCAGCUACAGCUUGUGCAA